GUCGUACAGCUGCAGUAACCUGCUGGAGGAUCUGAAGACUCUGUAUCGUAUCGCCGGUCAGCAGGGAAAAGGAGUCACCUUCCUCUUCACCGACAACGACAUUAAAGACGAAGCCUUCCUGGAAUACAUGAACAACGUCCUGGCGAGCGGCGAAGUCUCCAACCUGUUCGCCCGCGACGAGCUGGACGACAUCACUCAGGAUCUGGUUCCCGUCAUGAAGCGGCAGCACCCUCGCCGACCUCCGACCCCCGAGAACCUCUACGACUACUUCCUGUCCCGGGUGCGGAGCCACCUCCACGUGGUGCUCUGCUUCUCGCCCGUCGGGGAAAAGUUUCGCACUCGCGCCUUGAAGUUCCCGGGCCUGAUAUCGGGCUGCACCGUGGACUGGUUCCAGCGCUGGCCGCGGGACGCCCUGGUGGCCGUGUCGCAUCACUUCCUGUCCCAGUACCAGGACCUCCGCUGCUCCGAGGACGUGAGGCAGAGCGUUGUGGUUACCAUGGGAACCUUCCAGGACCUGGUGGCCGAGAAGUGCGGCGAGUACUUCGAGCGUUUCCGCCGUCAGACGUUUGUGACGCCCAAAUCCUACCUGUCCUUCAUCGACAGCUACAUGGUCAUCUACGCCCAGAAGAUCGCCAACGUCGGCACGCUGGCCGAGCGCAUGAAGACAG